AUUACGUACAGAGCGAGUCCCUGCGGGCUCCGGGCCCCCUCUGGAGCCAUCCGCAUGGCUUUGGGGGCCUCGCUUCCAUUUUCCAUUAUUAUGUGGACUACCGGAGCGACGGCGCAGUCCAAGACCUCGCAGUAGAAGACAAUGUGACGGAGGACCAGAAGACUCCCGGGCAGGCUGCCAUUCUAAGCGAUCCCGAGUGUGUCCCCGAGAGGGUGUCUGAGGAUGCGGAGGACGGGCGUCUGAGGAGGAGGAGGUGCUCUCCUGAGGAAGGGGACGAGGCGGAGGAGGAGGACGAGGAGCACAGCUGCCGCGCCUGCCGGCAGGUGUUCGACUCACUGAGCGAUCUUACCCAACACAAGAUUAAUCAAUGCCAGCUGACAGAUGGUGCUGAUCUAGAAGAUGACCCUUCCUGUUCUUGGCCUGCCUCUUCACCAUCUAGCAAAGACCAGACAUCUCCAGCCCACGGUGAUGACUACGAUUUUGGUGAGGACGAAGGAGGCCCUGGCCUGCCCUACCCGUGCCAGUUUUGCGACAAAUCUUUCAGUCGUCUGAGCUUCCUAAAGCGCCACGAACAGAGCCAUAGUGACAAGCUUCCCUUCAGCUGCACCUUCUGCAGCCGUUUGUUCAAGCACAAGCGUAGCCGUGACCGACACGUCAAGCUCCACACUGGCGACAAGAAGUACCACUGCGGUGAGUGUGACUCUGCUUUUUCGCGCAGUGAUCACCUUAAGAUCCACAUGAAGACGCACGCUGCAAACAAGCCCCAUAAAUGCCCCGUGUGCCGCCGAGGGUUUCUGUCCUCCAGCUCCCUACAUGGACACAUGCAGGUGCACGAACGAGGGAAGGACACUCAAGGCACGGGGCUCUCUCGAACGGAGGAAUGGAAGCUGAAGGAAACGCGCAAAUGCAGCCGCUGUGAAGAAGGGUUUGAUGUGCCUGAGGAGCUCCAGAAGCACAUUGCAGAGUGCCACCCGGAAUGCUCACCUCCUGAGGAAGGGAGUCUGGGGCCUGGUCUGCAAUGCAUUUACUGCCAUGAGCCAUUUAGUGAUGAGGGUACUCUGCUUAGCCACAUUGACCAAGCGCAUGGCAGAGACCGAAAGGGCAACACGUGUACUGUGUGUUCUGAGCACUUUGCCACUGUGGAGGAAUUGUAUGCCCACAUGGACAUCCACCAACUGCCAGAGUCCAGUAACCACAGCAAUAGUCCUUCUCUGUUGACUGUGGGUUAUACAUCUGUUUCAAGCACCACUCCAGACUCAAACCUUUCUGUUGACAGCUCAACCAUGGUGGACUCUGCUCCUACUGUGCCCAAAGCCCGUGGACGAAGAAAGCGUGCUGCUCAGCAUGCCACGGAUAUUUGCGGACGACCUGCCAAACAGCCAAAAGUAGCAUACAGCUGCAUCUACUGCAACAAGCAAGUAUUCUCCAGUCUUGCUGUUCUUCAGAUCCACUUAAAGACCAUGCAUGUGGACAAACCAGAGCAGGCCCAUACCUGUCAGUUCUGCUUGGAGGUCCUUCCAUCUCUGUUCAACUUGAACGAGCAUCUGAAACAGGUCCACAAUGCUGAAGAUCCCUCCGCCUUACUUGCUAGCCUGUCUGAUGCCCUGCUGCAGUGCAACUUUUGUCCAGAGAUGCUAGGAGACCUCAAUGCCCUACAGGAACAUAUUCGUUGUUCACAUGGCUUUCCUAGCCCAGUCGCCAAGGAGAGCAAUGCCUUUUUCUGCCCCCAGUGCUUCAUGGGAUUUCUGACUGAGGCCACACUAGAAGAACAUGUCCGGCAGACCCACUGUGAUUCUGGCAGCUUGCGAUUUGACUCCCCCCUAGCAGUCACUCCCAAAGAUCCCAUUGUGGAGGUCUAUUCUUGCUCGUACUGCACCAACUCUCCCAUUUUCAACAGUGUUCUGAAGUUAAACAAACACAUUAAAGAGAACCAUAAGAACAUCCCCCUGGCCCUGAAUUAUAUCAACAAUGGGAGAAGAACCCACAGAGCACUCAGCCCUUCAUCUCCCAUAUCUGUAGAACAGGCCACAAUUCUCAAACAGGGCAGCACUUCCUCCCGUUCAGCAAGCGAAUUCAUCUGUAACCAAUGUGGUGCUAAGUAUACUAGUCUAGAUCUUUUCCAGACGCACUUGAAGACUCACCUUGACUGUGGGCUCCCACAGCUCAGUUGUCCGCAGUGCAACAAAGACUUUCCCAACCAAGAGGCUCUGCUGAAGCAUGUGACGGUCCACUUCACUAUCACUUCCACAUACUACAUCUGUGAGAGUUGUGACAAGCAGUUCACAUCAGUAGAUGACCUGCAGAAGCACCUGCUUGACAUGCACACCUUUGUGUUCUUUCGCUGCACUCUCUGCCAGGAAGUAUUUGACUCUAAAGUGUCAACUCAGCUCCAUCUUGCAGUAAAGCACAGCAACGAGAAGAAGAUCUACCGCUGUACUUCUUGUAACUGGGAUUUCCGACAUGAGACUGACCUUCAAGUGCACGUCAAGCACAGUCACUUGGAAAACCAGGGCCGAGUGCACCGCUGCAUCUUCUGCGGUGAGUCCUUUGGCACAGAAGUGGAGUUGCAGUGCCACAUUACCACUCAUAGCAAGAAGUACAACUGCCGCUUCUGCAACAAGGCUUUCCAUGCCAUUAUCCUGCUUGAACGUCACUUGCGUGAGAAGCAUUGUGUGUUUGAGGGUAAGGCCCAGAAUUGUGGCACCAAUGGCUCCACAAGUGGUGGUGGCGACUCAGUUGCCAAAGAUGAGACAGACCUGCAGGGCAUCCUCACUAAUAGCCAUGGAGGAGCGGGCACAGGGGAGUCUCACAACAGCCAUGAUGGCAGCGAAGAGGAUGUUGAUUCCUCUGAGGUCAUGUACAGCUGCGACAUUUGUGGGGCGUCCUACACCAUGGAGUCCCUCCUGACCAAUCACCAGCUCCGUGAUCACAAUAUCCGCCCAGGGGAGAGUGCUAUGCACAAGAAAAAGGCAGAAAUGAUCAAGGGGAGCCACAAAUGUAAUGUUUGCUCUAGAACAUUCUUCUCUGAGGCUGGGCUCCGGGAGCACAUGCAGACUCAUCUGGGACCUGUCAAACACUACAUGUGUCCCAUUUGUGGAGAGCGCUUCCCCUCUCUGCUUACUCUGACAGAGCAUAAAGUUACUCACAGUAAAAGCCUGGACACAGGCAGCUGUCGAAUCUGCAAGUUACCUCUGCAGAGUGAGGAAGACUUCCUGGAGCACUGUCAGAUGCAUCCUGAUUUGCGGAACUCUCUGACCGGCUUUCGCUGUGUGGUCUGCAUGCAGACCGUCACUUCCACCUUAGAGCUCAAGAUCCAUGGCACCUUCCACAUGCAGAAGACUGGAGCCAUGUCCACCAAUCACCCUAGUGGUCGCUCUGCUGUCACACACCACCAGCAUCACCAAAGCCAAAAGCUCUUCAAGUGUGCUUCAUGUCUAAAGGAGUUCCGUUCCAAACAGGACUUGGUGAAGCUUGACAUCAACGGGCUGCCAUAUGGUCUGUGUGCCUCAUGUGUAAGUGCUGCUGGUAGCAAGAGCUCCAGCCCAACCAUAAAUGGUGGAAAGCAGCAGCAGCUAGGGGUACAAACACCUACUGUCUCUGCUGCUGGAUGGAGCCAAGGGGAGAGUCUGAGCCCUGGUGGGGUGAAAGCAAAGGGCACCUCAUAUUCAACGUCAUCUUCUUCGUCAACAUCGUCCACUGCUGCCAAGACAAGGUGCUCCAGCUGCAAUGUGAAGUUUGAGUCAGAAGCAGAGCUGCAGACACAUCUUUCAACAGUGCACAGGGAUCAGACUGGAGAGGGCAGUGGAGGUCAACUAAGGACUCCUCAAGGAUCGCCCAUGCUGAGGGUGAGCCCAACACAAAGUGAAGAGAAGAAAACAUACCAGUGCAUAAAGUGUCAGAUGGUCUUCCACAGUGAAUGGGACAUUCAGGUUCACGUGGCCAAUCAUAUGAUUGAAGAGGGGCUGAACCAUGAGUGUAAACUGUGCAGCCAGACAUUCGACUCCCCAGCAAAGCUGCAGUGUCACCUGAUCGAGCACAGCUUUGAAGGCAUGGGAGGAACCUUUAAGUGUCCCGUCUGUUUCACAGUAUUUGUCCAGGCCAGUAAGCUCCAGCAGCAUAUCUUCUCCGCUCACGGUCAGGAGGAUAAAAUCUACGACUGCACGCAGUGCCCACAGAAAUUCUUCUUCCAGACAGAGCUUCAGAACCACACUCUGAGCCAGCACAGCAGUUAAGAAAGCCUGAGUCUCCAUGAAGAAGAAGAGUCACAUCAAGAGGCCUCUGGACCUGACGAUUCAACCGAUCAUUGUGCUUUUUUGUCGAUUUUUGCACUGAACUUUUCAUUUCAGUUACAAAAGUAUAAAAAUAAAAAAGUUACAGAGCGAGAGCAGAAGGCCAAUGAGAGGAAAGAUCUUUGUCAAUUGAUGUUUAAUAUCCAACCGACCUAUUUGUAAAUACUGUUCUUUCUGUGUUACUGUUCGUCAGCUCUUAAGCGUUCUUGCGGUUGCCAUUGUACAUACUGUUUGUUGAGGAGAAAAAAAAAAGUAUUCCAAUUUGUCUAAACCGUUAUAAACGGACGAGUCAUCAGCCAGAGACCUUCAGCCUCAGAAGGACAUUUUUUAAAGGCGAGGACAGCCGACACGAGUCCGGACGCGCGUGAUACAUCCUUACGGCCCGUGGGAUGGACUGCUUGAUCACCAGCAUGGCCUGCGCGUCCGUACAUCCGUAAAGCGCUUUUACGGAAAACUACACACCUCAGUUGAAGUAGGUGGAGCCAUCGUGGAUCAUGAAGCUAAGCUUACAGAGACUAAACAGUAAAAGGACAGAAGCGAUACUUGAUAUAUGCAAAAAAAAAAAACAGUUUCUCAUGUAAAAGAAAAGUAUAAAAACAAGCUCAACUCUUCAUGUUGGCAAGUGACCCAUUCCCCUUAAAGCUGUAUGAGAAAAUGCUCCACUGAAGCGACUUGUACAUUUCUGUUAUUAAUGUUUACCCCUCGCAGGAGUCUGGAUAUGACUGGAACCUUCCUUUCUUUGCCUCUUUGUUCAGAGCGAUGCGCGAUCGGGGGAUUAAUUCAUUCCCUGUUUCGGCUUCGUUCUGGCUGCUAUCAUCAUUUCACGGCCCUCUCGUGAGGUUCUGCCCCCCUCCAAAAAAAGAAGAAGAGAAAAACUGUACCUGCCCCCUCGUUCACGAGCGAGCCAACCCGAGUCAUUUCUGUUGCUAUGCUAUUGCUCUAUAGAUGCUGUGAGACAUGCUAAUAUGUACAGUAUACUCAUGGAUCUCUGGUAUGUACCAGUUUUGCAUUCAUUGAAUCCUGAAAUGCACUUUUGUAACACGCCAUACUUUCAUGGAUGUUCAUGUUUGAAAAGGCGUUUGACAAGUGACUACCGACUCAGCCACAAGACUUUGGGGAAUCAAAACUUUUACCAAGGGCGACAACUUCUGGUGUUAAUGGGGGAGAAAAAUGUUAUAUACAAAUAUUAACCGGGGUCUGAAUUUGCUAGACCUCUUUUUUUGUGUUCUCAUGUGAUGAAAACAUUAAAAUUGUAUGAUGAUAUGG